AUGCCGUCGCUGGACACUCGCCCUCCUGAAUCCAACAUGAUGCCAAUCUCUUCAACUGUUAAAUCAGAUAACAGUCCUUUUGCCAGCUCCCUGCAGUCUACUAGUCACGUCAAAGAGAUCUCGCGGCUCAUCUUGGAUAUCUUUCUGGAGUAUGCUCUCAACAAGUUCAAUUAUUCAGAAGAUCGCCUUGAGGGCUAUGGAGAUGGCUUUCUUUCUGUCAUUGGCCGAUUUGUCUCUGAAGGUGCGCGUGUGCAAGCUUGUCUACCUGCUUUCCCUUUCAAGUCCGCGAACAAAGUGUACAAGGUGCUCGGCAGCUUGCCAGACAAAGCAGAGGAGCUCGCUCUAGAGCGAUUAAAUACCCUGUGCAAGCGUGUUCAGGAUAUCUACCCUCCGGGUGCUGAUAUUGUCAUUAUCUCGGAUGGCAUUACCUAUAAUGACUUGUUGUGUAUCCCCGACCAAGAAACCUGGAAGUAUGGCGAAGCCUUACGCGAGAUGGCUGUCAAGAACGGUUUCGACAAUAUUUCGUUCUCAAGGAUUCGAGACCUUCUUGAGUUUCCUCUGCCGGAGAAAAUGAGUGAGAUUAUCUAUGUGGCCAACUGUACCACCUUCCGUCGCUUGCUUUUGAAUAAAUAUGGCAAUCCUAACCUCAACAUUGACCAUGAAAUUGCCACCAAUCCAGAUAUCAAGUUGACAUAUCUGGGAUAUAAGCGAUUUUUGGAGUCUGAUCUUCAGUACAUUUUUCCUCGGGGGAAGAAUCGCUCAGCCCACAGUUACAAACGAGAUUGCAAGUAUGUGGCCAAGCAGAUGCUGACAAGAGGAUAUGCGUUUACAGGAGCGAUCAAGGACGCCUUCCCCAACCAUCUGCGACUUUCAAUCCACGAAUCAAUUUGCGGUACCAAGCUACCCAUCAGCUUGUUAAACACCAAGACAGGCUUUACUACUCCAUGGCACUGCUGUGUUGCUGAAUUAGCAGAUGGAGUGUGGGUUAGUGCGCCUAUGGGCGAGUUCAGCAAAGAUACCCGCUUGGAACUUGUCCAUGUCAAAGGAAAACCCAGUCACUAUCAAGAAAAGCUGCACCAUGGCGACCAUAUCGCUAUCAACGAGGCGACAGCGAGCUACCUUCAGUCGGCCAAGUCCAUCGAUGUCAAUGCGUAUGUCAACGGUACAUUGAAUAAUGGAUCGCCAUCUUCAUCAUCCUCUAGCCAGGUUUCCGUCUCUUCGUCUGAGGGAAAAUCACCAGGAAGCAGGUCCACCACACCGGAUAUGCAAUCAGUGCAAAAGAUCUCGCCUGCGCAAUCUGGUCUACGUAUCACGUUCAAUGAGGCGUCUGACCUUGCACCACUACAGCCAGAGACAAAGCCCACAGUAUCAACGCCAUACGGUAGGAGGCUGAUCCCUCAGAUAAUGGAUAGUCUUGCUUCUGUCGACUCUGAGCGGACCAUCUUCUCUCUUGCAUCACUAUCGGACGGGCUACUCAAACUCAACCCUGUCUCCGCUCGACAGUUUACUAGAGCAGUUGACAAGACUGCUUGGUGGCUUCGUGAUCAAGUUGGCAUCCCCGACUCAAUUCAACCUGUGGCUUAUAUUGGACCGCACGAUCUCCGACAUAUUCUGCUGACAUAUGCAUGCGUCAAGGCAGGCUACGCGGCUUUGUUCUUGUCGCCCAAAAACAACACGGACGGAGUUCUCGCAGUUCUCACGGCAACAAACUGCAAUAUCUGGGUCAACGCGGUCGACGCUUCUCCGAUCCCUUUAGUCAAAGACGUUCUUCAGAACCGACCUAUGACGUCUUUGCAACUUCCUCUGCUCCACGAGCUACUUGAUAACGAGUCUACCGAAGCCUUCCCGUAUACCAAAACUUUUGAAGAGGCCAAAAAUGAUCCAUUCUGCUUCUUGCAUACAUCUGGAAGCACUGGACUACCUAAGCCCAUUCCCUGGUCCCACGGGCUGAUUGGCACCAUGGAUGCAGUAAGACUGCUCCCACCCGUGGGUGAAAAUGCCGAUUUGGUUCCUUGGACUUCAGGCUGGGAUGAGGGGGACAAGAUAUACUCAUCAUUUCCAAUGAGCCACGGUGCUGGAAUUAUCAUGGAUAUUUUGAUGCCUGCACUGUUCAAUCUCCAUUGUGUCCUGGGGCCAGUUGGUGUUUUGCCAAACCUUAAUCUUGUGGAAAUAUUAGCCGUGAAAGCUAAGAUUGCCAUAUGGAGUAUGGUCCCAUCCCUUGUUGAUGAACUGGGUGAAACCCCCGAAGUUUUAGCAAAACUUCAGUCGAGCAAAUUCAUCUGUGCAUCUGGAGGUCCCGUUAGUCCUGUCAGUGCUGGCAAGGUGAAUGAGGUUGUCAGGGUGCUCAACUUGACUGGUACGACAGAAGGUCUCUUUAUUGGGAAUCUGAAGACAGAGCGAGAAGACUGGUUCUGGUUCUGCUUCCAUCCAUACUCUGGCUUCCAGUUCAAAGAGCUCGAAGCGGAUACCUAUGAGCACUGGGUGCAUCGCAAUCAACAUUGGCCUCUCUUCCAGGGUAUCUUCCACACGUUUCCAGAUAAAGAUUCCAUCAACUUCAAGGACCUAUACAUGAAGCACCCUACCAAGCCCAACCUGUGGGCCUUCAAGGGAAGAAGUGAUGAUCUUGUGGUUUUGUCGAAUGGGUACAAGAUAUCGCCGCUUGAGACGGAGGCAUUUAUCACCACACACCCUGCCAUUACUGGAUGCCUUAUUUUUGGAACUGGAAAGCCUCAAGCGGCCCUACUCAUCGAACUGAAGGACCCGUCGAAUAAAACGGCUGAUCUCAUUGACAGUAUUUGGCAAACGAUCCAGACGGCCAAUGCCAUGUCGAGACACAAGAACCAGUUACUGAGAGAUUUCGUCACUUUCGCACAACCCGACAUGCCCUUCCUACGGACAGACAAGGGAACAGUCAAACGAUCAGCCACAUUGGCGUUGUAUUCCGACUACAUCGAGCGUUUCUACAGUUCACGCAGUGAUGAAAUCGAUAGCGCUAUUAGUCUGGAUCUGAGCUCUAUCAGUUCGAUCGAGGACUCCAUCCGCACGAUCGUCGGCCCUUUACUUUCCGAACCCCAGGACACCCCGCCUAAUGCGGAUUUGUUUGUAUUUGGGCUUGACUCUCUAGGCGUCUUUGCAGCUGUCAAAGCACUUCGAGUAGCUUCGGGUUUGGGUGAUAAAAUCGCUCCUCGACACGUUUACGCUAAUCCAACUAUUGCGAGCCUUGCCACCACGGUCUCCAACCUGAUGGAUGAAGCACAGAGUGUUAAAGAUGAUAUUCCUCUGGAUCAAAUCCGGGAUGAUACCUCUGAGUUAAAUGAUAUGAUCGCCCAGCACAGGGCGCGGCAAUCAUUCCGCUUGAACGCCUUCGACUAUGUCAACCCUAACCACGGGAUGGGAAUUGUACUUUACUUCUCUAUCCAUGAGGAAACAUCAUUUGAGCAAGUCUUUGCCAAUCUUCAGGAAGGACUCAAUCGCACAUUCGAUAUGAUACCAGCUCUCAGUGGCAAGAUGAUGCACUGCUCCGAGCAAGAAAUUGGCUACAGCAAAGGAGACCUCUGCGUGACAAUUCCGCCACUGUCCAUGGCGGCUUCUGCACGAGACCGCCUCCUGUACAAGGAUCUCUCAGAAGUUCUUCCAUCCUUUGAGAAGUUACGGGAAGCGGGGUUCCCACCGUCUGCGUUCAAGGACGGCCUCGUCCUGCGAGACGAUCCCUUCCCCAAAUUCCCAGCAGACAUUUUCUCAGGUCAAGUAAACUUCGUUUCUGGUGGCUGCGUAGUUGCAGUUGAUCUGAACCACUGCUGCCUCGACGGUGUCGGAGCCAUGGUCAUCCUCAAGGCCUGGGCGGAAAACUGCAGAUAUUUACAAGGUGAUCACACGGCAACUUGCAACUGGUAUAACCCUGAGAGCUUCAAUCACGCCUUGCCAGAGAUUAUUCACGAGCAAGAAGGAUGGGCUCGACCAGUCGAAGAGAUUGAUCCUGGCACAUGGGGUUUCUUGCCCUUCUUCCCACCUGACAACAACAAAAGCAAAGAAACCCUCGUUGAUCUCAAGGACCAUGCAUUACCUCCUGCGCCUGAUUUCAAGUUGCAUGAUGUUUGGCCACUUCCCCGGGCUGAGCGGUGUCUUAAAACGACCCUCUUCCUGAUUAAGCCGGACAAGCUUGAGAAGAUGAGGCAACAUGUCAUUUCUGACCCCGAAGCGAAGGGGGUAAUCAAAUCGAUCAGUGACAUUGUGCAAGCCUUCCUGUGGCGAGCUGCUAUUAGAGUACGAUACAGGGUAGCCAAGGAGAUCCGUAAGCAGACGUUCAGGCCAGACGAGGUGUCUAUUCUUGAGCUACCCACGGAUGGCCGUCCAUACUUCUCUUCACUAUUGCCCUCGACAUAUAUGGGCAGUUUACUUAUUCUCAAUCGAUCAACUAUGCCGAUCGAGACACUGUGCUCCAAUGAGACGAGCAUUGGCCGUGUCGCUUAUCUCCUCCGCCAAUCAGCCGCGCGCAUCACCCCUUCAGUCGUCCACGACGCGUUUUCAAUUCUGCAGUCACUGCCCGACCAUGGUCGAUUUUCGACGGCGAAUAUGGGUCUUGAACAUAUGAAUGCUAUGAUUUCCAACAUGAUGCUAUUCCCCGCCAAUGAGGUUUGUUUUGGAAAUGCCUUAUUUGCUAAUGGAGGGUUGCCCGAGUCUUUAAGACCACAGCUUGAGCGUGGAAAUGGGCGAUUCCGAUUCCUCGUUAUUUUCCCUAUCAGGGAAGACGGGGGGAUAGAGCUUGCCUUUGGUACGCAUCCGGAGGAGUUGGAGAUGUUCCAGGCAGAUGAAGAGUUUACGAAGUAUGCUGAACUUGUAGAUACGUGCUGCUGA